AUGUUCAAUUUGAUAAGCAACUGCUGCAACUGGGUUUUGAAACUGCAGCAACCCAUGAGGAAUAUUACUGUGCUGGUGGUUGGUCUUGACAAGGUUGGAAAAACAUUGUGCAUCAGAGGGAUGUUAAGAGCUCCCCAUGGAGAAGUGAGUCCAACUCAUGGAUGUGUCCGCUCUGAGUUAAGGAUGGAAAAUGUCCUGGUGAAUUUGCUGGACAUUGGUGGAAGUCCUAAUUUUCGCUCGUGCUGGAGAGAAUACUAUAGCGAGGCCCAUGGAGUAAUUUUUGUGGUGGAUUCCAGUGAUAGACACAGAAUUAAAGAGGUCAAAGAACUUCUGACAGACAUGCUGAGACAGCCUAGAGUUGCUGGAAAGCCCCUGUUAGUAUUAGCCAAUAAACAAGACAAAAUGAAUGCCCUACUGGGAAGUGAAUUGAUUGAGGUCCUGUCCCUGGAGAAGCUGGUUAAUCAGAGCCAGUCUCUGUGCCACAUUGAGCCAUGCUCUGCCUUAAUGGACUUGCGGCGAUGGUCAGACAGAAGGACAUUGCGAGGCCUCAGGUGGUUAAUACGGGCCGUGUGCUUCGACUACCCAGAUCUCUGUGCCCGUGUGAUCAGAGAUGGUGGAAGGCCGCCAGGAUCAGAGGAGAGAUUAAGGAAAGGGAAGGCAGAAAAAAGUCAGAAGAAAAACAAAGUUGAAAGACUUAAAGCCAGUAAACCAGACACCCACCACCCACAGCGCCCUCUGGAGGAAGAACAGAAAAGUCGGCGCCAUCCGCAACCAAUUAUUCUUAAAGAGAAUUCCUUUCAAAAGAAAUUGAAGAAAAAGAAGCUGAAAGUUAAGAUUAAAGUAAUAAAUGUGAAAAAAGGGAGCAAAAAUAAAGAAGUAGAUAAAGAGCAGAUGGAAGAGGAAGCAGAAGGAAAUGAGGCAGAACAGGAUGGUAAUACUCAGAAGGAAAAGGCCAGUAGUGCCCUGUUGACACACAGAAGUGGGAGGCUGGAACCCAAAGCAAAAGUGGAGACUUUGGGUCAUCUAGAGUCCCAGGAAUCCAAACCUUCUGAAGCAGGUAAUGGACAAAACAAGAAAAAGAAAAAGGUGGUGAAAGGAAAGCGAAAGAACAGGAUAAACACAGAAGAAAUUCCUGUAAAUUAUAGACAACCUGCUGAUCUCUCUGCCACUUUUGAUCUUUACAGAAAAGCCAUUUUGACCCUAAAAGCCCAACAGGAUCAGAGUUUGGUGCCAGAACAGUGAGAGGACUGGAAAUGCAAUGGCAAAUGACACAGAUCAAAAACAUUUC